AUGGCGAGAUUGAGGUCAGAUUCUGCUAAAACGAAGAGAGAAACUACGAGGAAAACUUUUUCUGCCUCAAGAGUUUGUAAAAAUGGUAAAUCUGGAGCGACAGUGGCGAAGAACUCUGUAUCUUCAAAAGCAAGCUUGCGAUCAGUCAAGCGCGAAACAGAACCGGCUGCCGAUUCUUUACAGAAAUCAACUAAGUGCUGUGACAAAUCGACGGAUGAACCCUCCAGAAACGGUGAGUUUUUCGAAAAUAUUCUGGGCGUCUUACCUUUACAAAAGUGACUUCGUCUUAUUUUCUGUUGAUCAGUAGCUGCGAUUGCAGUGAAGGUGGUUAUGAAUCAGAAAUGCCUUCUUUAGUUACGUAACACACAAGGGGGCUUUGUACCCAAUUCUGGGGCUCUGAAAAGAUUUUCUAUUAGGGGGGUAAUGGCGGAAACUAGUAUCUUAGUUGCCUUUGGAAAACACGUUAGGUUGCCGCGGUAUUAUGAAUUUACUUCUCUUGAAAGGGUUUAUACCACAUACAUCUACCCUCUCUCUACCCCACCCUUUGCUAAAUGUUUGUCCUUGUUAUAGAGCCAUGAAUGGUUAAGGUAAUUUACAAGUAUGAUAUUGGCUGCAGUCACACUAGACAUGUUAACCAGGUUAUUUCUAAUUAAUUAAUCAAUUAGAGUUAAUGUACCUUGUUGUCGUGGCUGUUGUUACCAGACUCCCAUGUUCAGAAGUAAUACACUUCCUUGUGCCAUGUAGAACAACAUUUCCCACACAGACCACAAUGACUGAUACAUUUGGAGAAAAAAUUAAUUCAUGGCACUGAUAAGAAAACACUAACCAGUGUUGAACUACACAGAAAAGUAGUUCAGAAUUAGCCAAACUCAGUUAAAAAAUCUUUUGUUCUCCAUCCAUUUAUAUGGUUGCUGUUUACCCUUUAACUCCCACGAGUCACCAUAACAGAAUUUCUCCUCAACAUAUCAACACCAUGCCAAGAAGACAAGUGAUGAGAAUAAAGAGAAAUAUGAGUUGGGCAAUUGUUAGUUGAUUCAAUACUGAAUUCUCAAAACUAACAUCACAAGAACUGUAUGGCAGACAGUAAGGAGAAUUACUUAUGUGAUCUGGGAUUGAAAGGGUUAAGCCAGUUUCAGUUUGAUAAAGAGUCAAAAAAGCAGCUGCAUCAUGAUUUUUCAGUUACUUGGUCACUCAAGCACCACAAUCAAAUUACUGUAGGAUUUACAAUCAGUACUGCUACUUGGAAACAAGUGUUUCUUUUUAUCAUAAAUAUUGAAAGAAUACAUCACUGUGCUUGAAAGACCUUGAUGUUCAUUCAAAAGUGCUCUACGAAAGUUACACAUGGCAGGAUUCAUGAUUUCCCCAAGCCAUCUCUGAUUUCUUGGAUAGAACCAAACUCAGGGACAAUUGAUUCAACCACAAUAGAGGACAAUCUGAUAUCUACACAAAAUCAACAUCAUGCUGAAGGACAGUACCUUGGAAGUUUGUGUGGUAUGCAUCUGAAGGAAGAGGGAUUACCAUGUCUGUGAGGGUAUAGAAAGGAGACUAAAUGAAAGAAAGAGAAACCAGAAAAUAAGAGCAUGGUCAUCAACUUCUGCAUUUUAUUUGGUUUUCCCCAUGAUGUCAACUAGGUUCACCUACUCUAUAACCCAUGUCAGUGUGGUAAUUCAACAAAUGUAACCCCUUUGUUUCAUCUUAACCAAAUCUUUCACCAAGUUUGUUUUUAGGAAAUUUGAACCAGGUGUCUUAAAAAAAGACCCAGUUAACUACCCUGGUGUGGCUGCAGCCAUUAAUUCAUAUUCUUACCAAGGGUAUAAAUAUUUGUUAUUUUAAAAUUUAGGGCCCUCUCACAGAGGCAAGAGGAGAAAGUUCUCAUCCCAGGAGCUUAGUGAAUCUCCCUCAAAAAAACCUAAAGUGAAUUUAUCCGAAGACCAAAUGCCAGAGAAUGUGAAAAAUGUAGAUGGCAAGAAAAGAUUUUCCAAGGCAGAGAAACGUAAAUCAUCUGCGUGUUUGAAACAAGCCUCUAAUAAGAAUGGUGUGAAACCAAAGGCCACCUCCCUUGAGUUGAAACAGGUGCAUGUACCUAUUGCAAAGAUAAAAGGGAAGCUGAAAAAAGAAAGUCCAGUGAAACAUAAACAUUCACCUGUACCUACUCCUGGAAAUGAACAGAGUUCACCUAGAAAACAUCAUGCAGCUGCAAGCAAAAGGUUGAAACUAGAUUUGACAGGAAAUGUCAAAGAAGAGAAUGAUGUUGAGGAAAAUAAAGCAAAAGAAUCUAUGGAAGACGAUUCUAGUGAUGAUGAGGAGAUAGAGUGGGAAGAUGUUGAUGGUAGGUAUACAAUAUGUGUUUUGGCAUGAGAACCAUUGAGACCAACAUUAACCCUUGGGCCACUUACAGUGACCAGCAUAUAAUUUCUCCUUACCACAUCACCCCUGAAUCAUACAUUUACGUCAUGAGAAUAGAGAAAAUAAUUACCAAUUCAAAAAGAUCUUGAUUAUUCAACAAAGUCUCCUCAUCAGAAUGCUAGGAAAUGCAUAGAAAACAGUAUGGAGAAUAUGCAUACUGAUGUGAGGGUGUAAAGGGUUAAGAAAAAGGAAAGGAUCCCUAUAAUUUUAGAUGCAACAAUAUCGUUCUAUAAAGAUUUAAAUGCAGUUUCCUACUCCAUGGGAGGGGUGACUGAAGCCCCCUUGAAGGAGGGGGAGGAGGAUAAAGUCUCAAAAACUGAAAUUUGUAGAGGAAUACCUGGAGCAAAACUUACCAACACUGGACAUUUAUCCCAGUUCAAUGUAAUUGUAAUUGUUUAAAAAGAACAUAUAGUCUUAAAGUUUGAAUAAAUGUACCAAUAAUUCUCUGUUUUGAUUUGCUUUGUUUUGGUAGAGGCUGAUGUUGUGGAUCAUGGACCUGAACAUGAGGAAGCUUCAACCUCACAGGAGGAUCAGCCACCCAGCAAAAGCAGUGUUGAGAUCAGUAUUACAGUACCGGGAACAAAAAAGAAAAAAAAAGGAUGGUAAUCUCAUAUCUUAGUACAAAUUGAUUACAACUAAUCAUGCAGUCAGUCAGUCAAUUAAUCAAUCAUUCAGUCAGUCUGUCAAUCAGUGAAUCAGUUGGUCUGUCAAUCAGUCAAUCAGCCAUCAGUCAGUCAGUCAAUCAGUAAGUCUGUCAAUCAGUUAAUCAGUCAGUGAGUCAGUUAGGCAAUCAGGUAUUAACUCAGUAAGUCAGUUACUCAGUUAGUCAGUCACUCAAUCAGUCAGUGAGUCAGUUAGUCAGUUAGUCAGUCAGUCAGUCAUUCUGUCAGUAGGUCAGUCAGUCAGUGAGUCAGUAAGUCAGUGAGUCAGUAAUCAGACAGUUAGUUAGUAAGCCAAGCAGCCAAUCUGUGUGUUCUUCAAAUUUGGCUGGAAAAAAGGAAUUGUCUUCCCUCACUUUUAAAUAUGUUUUUAGUUAGUGAUAAAACUCUACUUUUUUUUUUGUCCUUUUACUGUUUUACAGGAGUCAUGAAGAUGUUGUCAAAUACAUUAAAAGAGCAAUUAACAGAUUUAGGAAAGAUGUUUACACCAGCGCCCACAAGGUAUUGGACCGUUGUUCCAUAAUAUAACAUUGUGCAUGGCUUGUCUUCAAUACAGUGUAUAUAUACAUUAUUGACCAAGCAUGAGGCCAUCAUGGCUGGAUAUUGGCCAAUUUCUUUCCAUGGGUGCUGCCAACUAUAUGAAAUGUGAUGUUUGUAGUAUUAAACCAUUUAAUUUCUCUUUUACAAUGUAUAUUUUCCUCAGGUUCACAUUUUGACUCUUAUUGCACGUGGAUUCUUUAGAAACAACAUUUGUAAUGGGUCCCUGCUACAGGUAAAAAAAAAUUUAAUUACAACCCCUGGGACCCAGUUGUUCAAAUGCCAAUGAGCAGUAACCCAGGGUUAAAUUUUGAUCCUGCUUUUUUUGUUCCUUUGUUCUAAAGCAUUUUUUCUUUUUUCUUUUUUUCUUUUUUCUUUUUAGAGCAUCCAAUCAUCAAAUUGUAGCAAAAAAGAGUUACACUGAAUUUUCAUUUUAAGGUUUCAUCUCUGAAAUCAGAUUUCACACUAACCAGGGUCAUCUAAACCCAGCUUUGAACAACCCAGCCCUGUUGGACAAUUUCUGACCUUAAAAAAAGGCUUUUGUUUGUUUUAAAGGACAAUGCAUAAACCAGACAGAAAAUCUUGAUAAUUAUUGACAUUUUUUUUCUGUUUUGAAGGUUUGAAUGAUCUAAAGUCUAAAGAAGUUACCAAAUACCUGCUGAUGAUUUCAACUUUUCAUCCUCCAGGCUAUUCUGCUAUCCCACGUUCCAGGGGACUUUGUUUCUGUGAACAAGAGGAAAUGGGACGUGGUACAACUUACAAACUUCUUGAAAUGGUUAGACUUCUUUUUUUCUUUUUUCUUUUUUUUUUAAGAAAAAGAGACAUCAUGAGGAUAAAGUAAUGUACAUGUAAAACUCAGCCUUCUAUCACUCAAAAUGUUAGACAAAGGGCUAUCACUCAAAAUGUUAGCCUUUAAACUCUUUACAGUGGUAAAUUACAUUUUCAACACUAAAUUACUUGUUAUACUCUCCCACCAAUGCAGCACCAGUUUUUUUAGAAACUUAUCCUCUCUAUCCUUAAAAUUGUAUGUUUAUUGAUAAAAAUUGCAUAUGCAGUUGCAUGUUUGGAUUACCCCAUAGCUUCUGAUGUCUUAAAAUUCAGGUUUCAAAGUGAGUUCUCCAGCACUGAUGAUUUAAGAACUGGAGACAAAGAGGUAACAAUUUAAAACUACAUUAAAUCAGUAUCUAAUCAUACAUGGAAUAUGCCUACCAUGCUUAUUAAUCACAUUUAUGUACAAUUUUAUGUGUGUGUGUAUUUGCUAUCACCACAUAAUCAGUAUCCCUCACUCCUAGUUUCUGUUGUCUAUCACACCUCACCCAAUUGCCUGGCCACACCCAAUUCCCCUCUCACUUGCACAACAUUUCCAUCCCUUGUCCCUAUCCUCCCUGUUCCAAACCUCCAUUCCCACUCCUGUUUCCACACCCUGCCCCAAAUCCCUGUUCCCCUUUCCGAUGUCCCAGUAUUUUCCCUUGUUUCCAUUUCUUGUAAUCAUCCCCCAAUCCCUGUUCCUUUUCCAUGUGCUCAUCUCCUGUCAUCUCUCACUGUAUCUCCAUCCACUUUAGCUGCCUUUACACCAUCCCAAACCCCCCUCUUACCUUUCAUUCCUCCAGUUCCCAUAUCCUGUUCCCACAGCUUGUCCCAUGUUAUUAUUUCCUAUCCCAUUCCUCAGUUCCAGUCCCAUCCCCAUCUCUGUUCAUUGCUCUUACUUCCUGUUCUUAUCCCCUGCUCAUACCUUAUUUUCCCACCAUUUCACUUUCUCUCCUGUUUUCUGGAGAUAAUUCAACUAACUCCUUUUCUAUUGUUCUUUUAGACAGACAAACAGAUUGCCAGAUUUCAAAACUUAUCUGAGGUUUGUAGUUAUGAAGAAAGCUUAACUUAAUUAACCCUGAACAGUUGUGAGUAUAAAUUAAUUAAAUGCGAUCUGUUAAAUUGACAAUAUAAUCAAUAAACCUUCCCUUGAUCAAUUUUUUCCUUGUAAUCUGUCAAGAAUGUGAUUUGUCAAAAACAGAAGUAAAUGGAACUUGGGAGUUGCUGUGUAUCAUAAUAAAAUUAUUCUUGGGUAGCUUAUCACAGAGUCAUCAGGACUGAAUUUAAUGGGGUUUCUUGUGUGUAUCUGGUUGAUGUAUUACUCAGCUUGUAUAUGACUUCUCCAAAGUGGAAUGUAUACCCACUAAAAGCUCAAUUGUCUUUACAUGUUCUCACAAUAAAUUUUCAGGUAUUUGUGACAAUCUUCAGAGCACUUGGAUUUCUGACAAGGCUUGUGUAUUCCCUUCAGGUAAGAUUUUCCAAACAUUUUUCAUAUAAACAGAUCUCCAAUUUUGCCUAACCAGAGGAACUAGAGGGGGAAGUUAUGCAUCUUCCAGACCACAUACUUAUGAAAUGUUGACAUCCUAAGAAGACUGAUAAACAAUGUAUAUUUGUCUUUACUUUGUUUAUGUCAGCCCAUGUCAGCUAAAGGUGACGUAGAUGGUAAAACAAGCUCUAAAGUAAGUACUGAAUUGUGUUCAUGAACAAAUUGAUAAUCUUUUAUCAAUAAAUGGCAAAGAAAAAUUUGAUUGAUUACAGAGCUAAUUAACAACUCUUUUUAAUGAUUAUGAUAUUGUUAUUUGUGCAGACUGUGAAGAAGAAUACUCCCAAGGGGAAAAAAGUAUCUCCUCAAAAUUCAAAAAAAUUAUCAUUGCCACAUGUGCAGGAGGAAGCUGCUACAAAGUCAAAGAAUUUCAAAUCAGAAAAUGAAGCCAAGACAACUCCAUCUAAAUCUGUGACACUCGUUUCCGAAAAUACAGGUGAUAUUGACAGUAAGAAAUUAAAAAAGGAGAAGGUAACUAAAACUGGUACAAAGGAAGGAGGUAAAUUGAUUAGCGGUGUUCAAAGAACUCCUAAGACUUCCGAUAAGAAUAGCAAAGUCAGUAUGACUAGGAAAAAGAACAAGGAUAACAUUGGUGAUGACCCUGCUAAAAAACCUGUGAAGAAGAGACCUUUACGCAAGAGAGCCAAGGUAGAUUACUCACUCAGUGACCAUGAGAAGGAAAUUGAUGAUGACAAAGAAUGGAGUGAACCAUCUAGUGAAAGUGAAGAGGAGGAAGACACAAACUGCUCGGAAAAAUUCCCAAAGAAGAAAAACAAGUCUCCUCUGGCCAGGACAAAAGUGUCCUCUGCAGAUAGUUGUAAUGGUACACCAACUGAGAACAUUAGCAUGUCAUUUAUUAAUCUUUUGGAUGAUGAUAGUGAUUUUGAAGUUUCAAGCAAACCAUUGGUUAAAAGAAAACUGGCUGCUGAUUCAUCAAACAAAAAGAAGCCUGUGAAGAUUAUCAGCUCUGAUGAUUCUGAUGAAAGUAUCAAGUGUUUGGGAGUUUUUGCUGAUGAAACAGGUUUGUAUCACCAGUAGGAAUGUGUGCACUUGUUUGGUUAGCCAUUACUGUGGAAUGGAGAACAAGAUGCCUUUUCAUAGCAUGCAAAAUUAUCUCCCUUUUCUUGAGGAAAAGGAAAUCCCCAUAGGCUUCCAAAAAAGGCUUUUCCAUCCUCUUUUUUAUAAUAGUGCUAUAUUGUAACAAAGAGGUGUUUUUACUUAGGCAGUAUGUUUUAUUUAACAGGUAUCAACUGGUGGACUGAGGUGUUUUUGCCUUCCGACAAGAAAUGGAUUUGUAAGUGUAAUGCUUGAGCAGCUAUAUUCUAUCUUAAUUCUCUGAGGUAAUAAUAUUUCUAUUAUCAUAAUGGGGACAUGACAAAGCAUUGCUAAGUUUCUUUCCUUUUUUUGCCAGGUGUUCAUCUUGAAUCUUCUAGUGUCAAUCAUCCUGAACUGUGUGAACAACAAGCAACCCAACCUAUGGUAUAUGUUGUGUCAUUUGAUAAUGGUUAGUUUGACAAAAUCGAUUUUCCACUUGAUACUUCUGUCCUUUUACCUCAUUCAACUUCUCUCUACUUAGUACCUUACAAAGUGUUGGUAAAAGUACAUUUACGGUUGAAGUGUUUUUAUAUCUUUCCUUUAAGAUAAUGCUGUCAAAGACGUCACCAAUAGGUAUGCCUCUUCCUUCAUGUCUAAGACCAGGAAGCUUCGCAUUGAUUCUGAUUGGUGGGAAGAUACACUUCUUCCAUACAAGUCAAAAAAUAAGGUAAAAUGCUCUAUUAUUCAAUGUUGUAUUAACACCACUAUUUUAAAAUACAGUUCUGUAUAUUUUAACCUUAUGUUAUUGGAAUAGUUUAAACUGUUAGAGAUGGUUUUGUAUCAUCGAACAUCAUUUUACUUGAAAAGGAUAAAGUGAAUCUCUAGACUAUUAAUUAAAACUGCUUUUCUCUUUUUGGCUAGAAAAUGGAUAAAAUGGAAAAUUCUCUUCUUGAGGGUAUGUAUUAAGCUCCACACCAGAACCAGAGGAGUUGUAUUUGACGUUAAAUCCAGUUGAAUUGAUCGAACAAUUGCAGCACAACUCGAGCUUUGCCUUUUUAAACGUUCACAGUUUUACCUUUUUUCCCACUAGAUCAACUUCUUGACAAACCUCUGCCCACCAGCAUAACGGAGUACAAAAACCAUCCUCUGUGAGUUUAUAUUGUAUUUCUUUCCCUCUUUACACCUAUAGGAUAAGUGAGUCAGUUAAAUGUAAUUGUUUGCGUUAACUUGCAGUUACGUGUUGAAGAGACAUCUCCUUAAAUUUGAAGGUUAGUUAAAGUAUACAACCUUACUGGUAGACUUAGGGUAUCCACCUGUCACUGACACUUGUUCUUGACAUCAUGUGGCGCCAUCUAUUAGCGGUAGCAAAAUUCUUGCAAGUCACUGUUUCCUGUGACCUCUCAUAAGUCUUUGAUCGACGUAUUCCUUUUUUCUCAGUCCUAAAGGCAUUUAUCCACAAACGUUGUGCAAUGAAAGUCACCAUAAAAUUGUAAAAGCAAAAAAUUGAUGCUUUGAUUUAACUAACAGUUGUCAUGAUGAUUAGGACUUUGAUUUCUCAGGCUUGUACCCAGAAACUGCAGCCAUUUUGGGUUAUUGCCGCGGUGAAGCAGUCUACUCAAGACAAUGUGUUCAUUUGGUGAGUAAACUCUUCCACUCGCUUUGAGAAUUUGGUGUCAGAUCAAGCAAUAUCCCCUAGUUGGUAUUUUUUUACCUCCUCAACUCGUUUCUGCUUGAAAAUGUGUUAAUACUAUUAGUUCUUUUGUUGAUCUUGCAAUCGCUGGACUAUCGCUUGAGAAAUUUUUAAUUGAAAUGUCGAAAGUAUAAAUCGGGGAUUGCUAUGGUUUUUCUUCUGACACGAUGUGUGAUUGGUUUAGAAAACUCGCGCCACUUUCUCGGCAAAUCAGAUUUCGAGCCAACACCACUCGCGACUUGGUCACCCGCGUUUUCCCGCGCUUCAGGCUUCAGGUUCUUUAAGUUCUCAUUGGAUCCUGGUGACAUUUUCCUUCUCGUGAUUGGCUGUUGUGAUUGCUUGGGUUUUGGAUUCGGACUCUCGAUUGAAAGAAACUUUAUCGUGUAUUUUUCUUUCGACUUUUUUUCUAGCUCCACACAAGAGAGAAGUGGUUGAAUGAGGCUUUGGUUGUGAAGGCAAGAGAUGCGUUUCUUUACCAGUUUAUAGGAAUGGACAUUUUUUUCCAAAAUAAACUGUUGAUGUUUUUUUAUUUUUCUUCUGUAAACUUAUUUUGUAUUACUCUUAUUUUAGCAAGGCGAGAAACCUUACAAGGUUGUAAAAGGACGGCCUAAAAGGGUGAGAACUAUUUUUAUGUCUUUGAAGGUCGAGAUUUCUAAAUGUAUACGGAGUUUGAAAGUUUUUUAUUGAUUUUUUGUUUGUUUACUCAGAAUCAACCAAUCCAUGAGCGAGAUUCAGUCACAAUUGACUUGUUUGGCAGAUGGCAAACAGAGAAAUAUAAACCUCCGCCAGCGAAAGAUGUAAGGAGCUUGAAAAACAAGUGUUUGUGGCAUUUAGAGAAGGAAAUAUGUGCAUUUAAAAUGAAAUAUUUGUGUGAAUCUUUUUGGCUUUCAGGGAAAAGUACCAAGGAAUGAAUAUGGUAACGUAGAGUUAUUCCAACCUUGUAUGCUGCCACCAGGAACGAGGCACAUUCAAAGUGAGUUUCUUAUAUUAUGUGAUAAGUGUCAGCUCUAUUGCACUUUAGAAGACGCCGCCCUUAUUUUUCUGCGCCGGUAGAAGGUUGGAGGUUUAUCGGAUUUUUAGUAACAGGGUGGGAGUUGGGGUUGAUGAAUAAGAUACAGUUGUGUGGGAUGUUACUUUUCUGUUCGAAUGACACAUAUUUCACGGCAGGUUCCCCCCACCCCCCCCCCUCCCCUCCCUGGUAAUUUCCUGAAACACGGACUUUUUACUCGUGAGUAAGGGAAGGGAUGGGGCAUCUGUGUGAAGGAGGAAAGAGGGAGGAAUGGGGAAGGAAGGCAAAGAAGGCGAAGGGGGUGAGGAGGCUGGGGGCUAAGGGGGGGGGGGUUAAGGAAGGGGAAUAAAAGACAAGGGGGAGAAGGGAGGAGAAAUGAGGGCGGACACCGUGAAAUCAGAAUUUCCUUGAAUAUUAGGUCAUCGCUUCUUCAACGAUGUGAGACGGACAGUAGUUCUUAUCAUCGCUCUUUUGUUUAAUAGUUAACGGCAUCCAACGGGUGGCUAAGAAACUCGGCAUUGAUUGCGCUCAGGCUGUGAUUGGAUUUGAUUUUCAUUGUGGUUUUAGCCAUCCUGUGUAAGUAGAUAUUUUAAAAAUGUUUUCCUCUACCGGUAAGAAGCUGUUCACCAUUUUGUAGCCGCGACAGUUAGAGAUAUCUGAAUUUUAUUCUCGAAUUUUAAUUUAUUAAUGUUCUCGUUUGUGAAAUUUUGGGUAGAAAUAACUUACAUUAAUUUACGUUCAUUAAAACAAUGAGCGCCGUGUUGUGUUCAUGACAAUAAUUGGAGCUCUCUCUGAGGGUCUUUCCUUAAUAGGACGCAGUAGAAUAGCCAGCUUUUCUUGAAGUGGAAGUAAAUGGCUUGGGGACAAUAACCGUUCUGGGCAGUGCAAAGUUUUUUUUUAUUAUUAUUUGAAAGCUUGCAUAAAUUGUAAAUUUUCUCGUCAACCUUUUUUUCUCAGUAUUGAUGGUGUUGUGGUGUGUGAGGAAUAUGAACAGGUGUUAUUGGAUGCGUGGCAUGAAGAAGAGGAACAAGCAGAGAGGAAAAGAGCAGAGGUCUGUUUAUCAAUUCUCCCCACCUUAUGCCAUAUAUUUUCUUUUAAAUUAUUUGUGAGAAUUUGAUGUUUUAUCGAGAUAAACCAUGAUGAGGUUGAUAAAAUUUCUAAUCAGCUGUUCGCUGGACAUUGAAUCGAUUGUACGAGAAGGAGUUGACUGUGUGUUUGCUCUUCAUAUCUUGAUUUCCGCAGAAGCGCGAAAAACGUAUGCUGGCGAACUGGAAGCUUUUGACGAGGUCACUGUUAAUCCGUGAAAGACUGAAGAAAAGAUACAACACAGAGGUAGAGCCACAUUUACUUGUCAAUCUCAAUCCUGUCUUAUUUCGUGCCAGCUUUUCCGCGAUCAGGAAACGAGAGCGAAAAGGCAGACGGACUAAAAUCGAAAUAGAGAAGCCCUCUUUCCGUCGUCAUCGGUUUCAUCCCUCCUACGUUUUUUUCCCGCUCGCUCCGCCUUUUUGUUCGUCCCAUCGAACUGAGUACAUGGAAUAGGUUAGUUUGAAGCAGACAUGGUUUCUCUUGUACCUGGAUAUUUUUCUUGUUGUCACUUAAAUAAUUGAAUCGAAACAACCCAGUAACAUUAAAUUAUUGAAAUCGCGAGAAAGAGCGACAUACAUAUUCGAAAAUGUACGCGGAGUCUUGAAAAUAAUAGCUGUUGAGGUACAAUUUUUGCAUUCACUCUCUCUAAAGUCUUCGCAACUGCUAGAUUUGUUAGUGUCAUGCUGCUACGUAGGUCGAGCUUAUGUACUUCUUUCUUGCGCUCUGCAUUUUCGGACCCUUGCACAUGUAUGAUUCCUGAUCCAACCUCCAUGUGUUGAGAAGUCAACUCUGGUACUAAUAAUCGCUCUUCAUGUGGCCGUCUUUGCAGGAGACAAGCACAGUUGAGACACCAAGCCAAGAGGACGAGGCUGCCACCGACACCUUAGUUUCAUGGCCUCAAAACAGACAAGGUAACGCUCUGUUGAUAACUAAGCCAUUUUAUAGAGAUAUGGCCAAAGUGUGUUUGGCACGGUGAUUUUUUUAACAAUGUGCAAUGAAAAUUGGCACAGAAUUCGUUUUGGUAGGGGAAUUUCAGUACAGACGAAAUUUUUCGACUCUAGUUAGCGUCACUUUCGUAGUAAUAAACUUGUUUAGUUUUACAGUAAAGCGACAAUUGUUUGUUUAGUCUGAUCCUCCCGAUGAACGUAGUCUUGAGAAGGAUUGUUGUUAGUAAUAGCGACUGACGUUUCGACAACCUAAGCGGAAGACAUCAUCCGAGUCGAAUUGUUUUAGUUCGGUUCAUGUCAGUUGAUCGGUCUGUUGUGCAGAGAUGUGAUUGGCUGCGAGACUCGAGUAGAGUUCGUCGGUCAUGAUUGGUCAGUUUUGAUCUGUUAGUCUUGUUGGUCGUUCUGCUCUGUUUGUCUGUAGAGUAAAUUUCGCGAAUAAGUUGACGGACUUCCAAUCCAACGGAAACAAAUAACAUCACGCUUUCUUUACCACAAAGGUUGUCGAAACGUCAGUUUCUAGCACCGAAAGUAAAAGUUCUCAAGACUACUCAUCCGGACGAUCAGAUUACACGAUCAAAUAGUACAGUAUUAACCUUUUUCUUCAUGUUGUCUUUGAAGCGGGCAAAACGAGUGUUGCUGGUGAGGGACAUUGCCAUGUAUUUCCUGAGAGUGGACACUCACAGGAUCCUGUUACCGGAGAAUGGAGUAAAUCAUGUUCGUGUGGAUUAACUCUUCCGUUCGAAAAAAUGUAGACAGAAAAAAAAAAAAAACUCCGUCAAACAAAAUUCAAAUUGUAAGUUAAUAUUAACAGUGUAAAUCCAAACGUUUCUUUCUACACCUUGUAAAACUACUAUUUAGUUCCUGAAGUUUGACUAAAGAAAACAUGCCCAUGGAAAAGAAAAAUUGCGCACUUGAGUUUUGAGCACCGUUGGUGCUGCAGUAGCAUAUAUUAUGACCUUGAGUAAACGCAAAGAAGGUUGUUGUUAGUCUCUGACUGUGGGUGAAAUAAUCUUCAGAAACAAUUGACCAUCGCCUAGCCAACAAUUUGGAAUAACUUUUUGAACGAGUGACGUAAACCCAAAACCAGAAUACUGUUUGAGCGCUUUUUACUCGUGCCGUAAAACCGCCCGUCAUAGCGAAGGGAAAUUCCCUGAUAACUUAAGGUAAAAAGAAGCAAACGAAUUAAUAAAAGCAAAACCAAAGCAAUAUCUGAUCAUUUUCGACACUCAUGGAAAAUUGCUCUCUGUCCGAUCAAUACGAAGGUAAACAUCACUAGGCACCAGUCAGAACUUAAACAAAGGCUUGGGAAACGCGGCUGUCAAAGCAUGAUUGAUUAACGGAUUCUCAUCUCGUUAGUCGAGAACGUGUCGCAAAAUUCCAAGGCUAAUCGCACGGCACAAAUACGUACAAUAGUCAAUUGAAAAUUGGUCUAUGAACAACAGGAAAAUGAGGAACUAAAAUUGUGGUUCUCUACUAUUUCAUGGAAUAUUUGUUACAUCUAUGUCCAAAUCAACAUUGGUUUAACAUACUUUAAUUAGUUUAUACCACACAGGUUGACAGUACUUUUUUGCACACGCAGAAUGGCCGGUUUGGAAGUGAUUAGCAAAUACUAUCCACCUCCAAGCUGCCAAAGAGGAAAAAUUGAACAUCAACAGUUUGGUUUCUGUGUGUUUUAUACUAAAAACUAAUUAUUAUUCACCUCGGUGUUGGUGAAUAAGGUGUAUAUUUACCUCCACUUUAGUGAAUAAUUAUUUUUUAUACUUUAUUUUAACUGACAUGUAUCAAUUUUUCCAGUUGCAUUAUUAUUUGACUUCUUUUUGGAUUGCAAUCAUUGCAAUCACGAGGGUGGCAUUAAGGGAUGUAACAAUUGGUCAUUAAAUGACAAAAUGCAGAUGUAUUGCAACA